GUGGCAACCGCGCUCCAGAAAGAUUUGCACUACACCGUGGAUGAGAAGAACAUGAACGCCGUGCUGACUGACCUGGGCGAGAAAGUCGCGCAAGAUCUGCUUGGUGUUGAGAACCUUUGGGAGCCUGAGGAGGCGUGGAUCCUUUACGUGUUGAACGCAGUCAAGGCCAAGGAGCUUUUCCAGCUCGGCGAGGAGUACAUUAUCCGCGAUGGCCAGGUGGCCAUUGUGGAUACCUUCACGGGCCGAGUCCUGGAGGGCCGCCGAUGGUCGGAUGGCAUGCACCAGGCCAUCGAGACCAAGGAAAACAUCGACGUGAGUGUGCGAUCCCAGGUUUCUGCGCAGAUCACUUACCAGUCCCUCUUCCGCCUCUUCCCCCGACUUUGUGCCAUGACGGGCACAGCGCUGACAGAGUCAGCGGAGUUCGAGGAGAUCUAUGGCUUGCGCUGCACUGGCAUCCCAACUGCCCGGCCCAUGGUGCGCCGUGAUUACCCCGACGUGGUGUACAAGACCGAGGAGGCCAAAGUCAAUGCCAUCGUUGAGGAGAUCAUCUUGAACAAUCAGCGAAACGGACGCCCCGUUCUCAUCGGAACCGCCAACGUGAAGAUGUCCGAGGCUAUCGUGACACGAUUGCGCGAGGCUGGCGUCGAGCCGCAGCUGCUCAACGCCCGGCCCGAGUCCAUCGCGCGUGAGAACGAGACAAUCUCGCAGGCGGGCCGGCUGGGCAUGGUCACAGUGUCCACCAACAUGGCCGGGCGAGGAACGGACAUCAUCCUGGGUGGCAACCACUCCCAGAUGGCGGCCUU